AUGUCUAACUUGUCCCCACCCUUGCCAAGUAGGGCUAGAGUUUAUGCAGAUGUUAAUACACGUCAACCCCCAGAAUUUUGGGAUCAUGAGUCAUAUGUGGUGAAAUGGGGAAAUAUACGUGACUACAAAAUAGGUAAAGUAAUAGGUCGAGGGGGCUAUAGCGAAGUAUUUGAAGCUGUUAAAAUUUUAACGAGUGAAAAGGUUGCUAUUAAAGUACUCAGACCAACUAAGGAGGAGAAAAUUAAGCGUGAAAUAAAGAUUUUGGAGAUGUUGCGAGGUGGUCCCAACAUCAUAAAUUUGUUAGCAGUUGUCAAAAUCCGUGAUUCAGAAGCCUUGGCCUUGGUUUUUGAAUUCAUAAACAACAUUCAAUUUAAGGAAUUGCACCAGAUAUUAACAGACUAUGAAAUACGGUUUUACACCUAUCAGAUUCUGAAAGCUUUGGAUUACUGUCAUAGCAUGGGAAUUAUGCACCGAGAUCUCAAACCCGAAAAUAUCAUGAUUGAUCACAAACAAAGAAAGCUAUGGUUGAUCGACUGGGGAAUGUCACAGUUUUAUAAUCCUGGUGAAGAGUAUAGUGCUGAAGUUGUUACCCGAUUCUACAAAGGUCCUGAACUUCUGGUGGAGUAUGAGAUGUAUGAUUAUAGUUUGGAUAUGUGGAGCUUGGGGUGUGUCCUGGCAAGCAUGAUCUUUCGCAAGGAUCCAUUUUUUGCGGGUAGCAAUAAUAAUGAUCAGUUGCUGAAGAUAGUUAGCAUUCUAGGAACAAACCGUUUUUAUGCAUACAUUCAAAAAUACAGAAUCAAGUUAGAUAAACAACUCCGAAUAAUCGUGGGCAAGCAUCCUCGUGUUCGUUGGCAGCACUUCAUCUCCGGUGAAAACAAGCACCUUGUCAGCCCAGAAGCCCUUGAUUUACUGGAUAAUCUGCUACAAUAUGACCCUCAGUUAAGGCUUACUGCGAGAGAGGCCAUGGCACACCCCUAUUUGUCCCCUUUUGUGAAGGAGCUUUCUCAAAGUCUUGGCGAGUCUAGCAGGUCAGCAGGAGGCAAUAUACCUGCAACCAGUGACAGCACUAUGCCAGGGACUUCUUCAGCACUAAUGCCUUCGCUUCCUGGACAAAGGGCUGGUUUACCAGUGGUUGGUGCUUCCACAGCCCCUAAGAAACCUGCUCCAUCUUCAGCCCGUGCUCAGAAGUAA